AGCUCGCCAGCUUUUGACGCAGAUUGGAGUGAGAAGAUGUUGCAGCAGCACCUGGUCCUCACGCAAAGGAAGCUGACAGCUCAAGACAACAACCUGCGAGAAAACUUUCACAGGCUAGAUGCAGAUGUCCAAGACUUGAUGAAAAUGUUUGCAAAGCGCCCACCUGGUCCUCCGGGCCCCCCUGGAGGGACGGGAAGUCCAGGAAUGCCGGGCGCUGCAGGCCAGGAAGGGGUCAAGGGGGUUCGAGGGAAGGAUGGCGCCACUGGACAUGUUGGAGCUCCGGGCCACGAGGGCAAGGCGGGAGCUGCAGGAGUGAGGGGGAUGCAAGGUCUGCAAGGAGCAGAGGGACCUCGAGGGGACGUCGGGGAGCAGGGGGCGCAAGGUCUCCCAGGCAAAGAGGGUCGAAGAGGGUUUGAGGGGCUUCCUGGGCUUCCCGGAAAAGCUGGUUUGCCGGGACUGCCUGGGAUGAGAGGCCCGCGAGGCCCCGAGGACCGGCAGGAGUACGACCUGAUGGCUGCAUCGGGCAAGUGGUACCUGACGUCCGCGGACGGGCACGUAUACUACGCCGAUCGCAAGGGCUCGGACUCGCUGAGUAGAGUGAAGCGAGAAGCUGCAAACGACAUGUUCAUAGUGGGGGAACCGCGGGAUGAAGAACAAACGGACUGUGACGCGAUGAAAGGAAAGUAG